AUGCGCCGCCAUCCCUCUCCCGUCCCCCGUCCCUCCAUGGCCAUCGGGGUGGUCACGAGAGCGCAGAGGCGGAGGCUGGAAGAGGAAGAGCGCCUCGCCGACCGGAUCAGCAGCCUCCCCGACGGCGUCCUCGGCGACAUCGUCUCGCUCCUCCCGACCAAAGCCGGCGCCCGCACGCAGGUGCUCUCGUCCCGCUGGCGCCACAUCUGGCGCUCUGCUCCUCUCAACAUCGACCUCCAUAUUGAUGACCCUGAACGGCACAUCCCUGUCAAGGAGAUCUCACGCGUGCUCUCUGUGCACCCGGGCCCCGGACGCCGCUUCUCAAUCCCAAGGGGCUACCUCCACUGGAUCGACGAUCGCGCCGCCACCAUGGACGGUUGGCUCCGUUCCCCAGCCCUGGAGAACCUCCAGGAGCUCGACUUAAAUUCGUACAGCCUUCAACACUGCUCGGCUUCGCAGCCGCUAUUGCCACCAUCAGUGCACCGCUUCUCGUCCACCCUUCGUGUCGCCUCCUUCAACUGCCUCUCCUUCCCAACUGGAACCAAUGCUAAAGCUCUCCACUUGCCGCUUCUCAAGCAGCUGACCCUCUUGCAAGUCAGCAUCUCAGAGAGUUACCUGCAUGCCAUGCUCGCCGGCGCUUCUGUCCUGCAGAGCUUGCUCUUACUUGACAGCUUUGGCUUCCUCGGCUGCAAAUAG